CGGUGAGCAGACUAUCUAGCGCAAAGCCUUUCUUCAGCUGAGCUCAAAGCCAAGAACGUUUCAUUCUGGGGAUCUUCAUCUGCUUCUCAGCGUUUGAUCCGUACUCUUCAUCUUCACACCUCCAUCUCCGGUGGGAUAUCUAGUCGUUGCAAGUCCUCCGAAAAUUCAGGAAAUGGCGAAGCCAUUGGAACCUUAUUAUGAAGUAUUCUUGAGCUUUAGAGGACCGGAUACUCGCCGCGACAUCACUGAUUACCUUUACCACAGCCUCAUUGAUGCCGGAAUACGAGCAUUUAGAGAUAAUGAAGAGCUUCGUGUUGGGGAAGAGAUUGGCCCGGAGCUUCUCCAAGCGAUUAAGCAGUCGAAAAUCUCGAUUCCUAUCUUUUCUAAAGAAUAUGCUGCCAGUAAAUGGUGCCUCAUGGAGUUGGUCCAGAUGGUGGAGUGCAAGGAAAAGUGGGGACAGAAGAUCAUGCCAAUUUUCUAUGACGUUGCACCAUCCGAGGUUCGUUACCAAACCGCAAGUUACGGUGAGGCCAUUAAUUCACACAUAAAUAAGCAGCGGUACCCUAAUGAGACUAUUGAGAACUGGAAGGCAGCUCUCAACAAGGUUGGAGCGUUAAAAGGAUGGGAACUCAAGGAGAGAGGCAAAGGCGAGUUCACGAAAGAAGUUGUUCAGAAGCUUUUGAUCGAGUUGAAAAAGAACUACUUGGCAUUAUCUAAUUGCUUGGUUGAGAUGGACGAUCAAGUGGAAAAAAUCAUGGACAGGAUAGGUGAACAGACCUCUGAAACAAAGAUUAUUGGUAUCUAUGGUAUGGGUGGUGUCGGAAAGACAACUCUUGCCACAAUUGUCUAUAAUAAACUGUUGGCUAAUUUUGAUAACCAUUGCUUCCUGUCUAACAUUCGAGAUACAAAGAUUGAGAGUUUGCAGAAUCAGCUCAUCUCUGAUGUCCUAAGGACGAAAUGCGUGUCCAUCACUAAUAUUAAUGAGGGAAUUACUGAGAUCAAGGAGAGGUUAUCGUCUAAAAAGGUCAUACUUGUACUUGAUGAUGUAAACCAAAAGACUCAGCUGGAUGCUCUUGUUGGGGUGGGUGAACGCCGGUUCGGCAGAGGAAGUAAGGUUAUUAUUACAACAAGAGACAAGGAACUUCUAAAAGAUGUUGAUUUUCAGCUUGAACUUACUGAAAUGGAUUUUGAUCAUUCUCUUCAACUGUUUAGCAGACAUGCCUUUAGAAGAGAUCAUCCUCCAGCAGAAGACGUUCCCCUCUCAAAAAAAGCGGUAAAAAUAUGCGGUGGUCUCCCUUUGGCUCUUGAGGUGAUAGGUUCAUUUUUAAAUGGAAAAGUCAGGAGAAUUUGGGAGACCACGUUAAAGAAGCUGGAAACUAUUCCCAAUAAAGAGGUUAAAAGUAAGUUGAACAUCAGUUUCGAGGCAUUAGAACGUCAAGAGAAGGAAAUAUUUCUCGAUGUUUGUUGCUUCUUUGUGGGGUUUGAUGUGAGAAUUGUGCUUCACAUGUGGGACAGCUGUGACUUUGUCCCUGAAAAUUCUCUUGAAGUCCUCAAACAGAUGUCGUUAAUAAAGAUUGCAGAAGGUAACCGACUGUGGGUGCAUGAUCAGCUAAUAGACCUUGGGCAAGAUAUUGUUCGUGGAGGAGCUAGGUUUAAACUGGAGAUGCAAAGUCGGGUGUGGGAUCAUGAGCAAGCAAGUGCUGUUCUCAUAGCAAAGGGUACAGAAAACGUUGAAGCAAUAUGCCUCAAGUUUGAUCAUCAAUUUCAACACUUCAUUGAGAAGAAAGAAUCUGAAAGCCUAUCAAAUUUAAGAUUUCUUCAAGUGGAUUGUGUAGACUUGGAUGAGAACAACUUUCAGCGUUUUCCUUCGACCAACUGGUUCCAGAGGAAUCUAUGCAUCUUCUUUCCGAAGUUGAGAUUUCUCUCAUGGCACAAGUUUCCUCUCUUUUUCCAAUUGACCGCGUUUUCCCUUAUGAAGCUAGUGAUUCUUGAUCUAUCACGGAGUGAAAUUACAAAUGAUUGGGAGGGAUGGAACCACCUCAAGAUGGCAACGAAUUUGAAGGUUCUAAAUUUGACUGAAUGCAGAAACUUGUGUAGAACUCCUGACUUUUCUGCUCAUGAAAAUUUAGAGCAACUGAUUCUUCAAGGGUGCUGGAGACUGGUUCAAGUUGAUAAGUCUAUUGGUAAGUUAAAGCAUUUAGUGUUCUUAAACUUGGAAGGUUGUUUUGAGCUGUGGACAUUGCCUGACGAGAUGGGGGAACUGGAAGCCUUAACAGAACUAAUUGUUGAUGGGACCUCUAUUACCAAAAUUCCCGAAUGGAAAGGAAUGAAGAAAUUGGAAACUCUCAGUGCAGUUAAUUGUAGAUCACUGAGUAUAUGCAAUUUUGCUGGUUGCUUAACAUCGCUAUUAAAUCUUAGGUUGGAAAAUACACAAAUUACUGAACUUCCAUUUGGAAAUUUUGCAUCUCUCGUCGAGUUGGAUCUUUGUAGAUCGGGAAUUCAAGAAUUACCCAAUUCAAUAGGGACAAUGAAGAAUUUGAGAGUACUAAGGAUGUCUUGCACCAGCUUAAGAAAGCUACCUGGCAGCCUUGGAAUGUUGGAGAAGCUUGAAGAGAUAGAUGCUGAUGGCUGUGACGAUUUGGAGGAACUUCCAAGUGAGAUUGGAAGACUGUCAUUUCUAAGGAUCUUGAGAUUAUCAGAUACGAAUAUUUCCGAAGUUCCUAAGCUUCCUGAAAGUUUGACCAAUCUAUUCCUAACAACUAGAGCUCCAAGCCUCCAGUGGAUCUCAAGGUUAAGAAAGCUAGAGUCCUUGGAGCUGUUUUGUUAUGGGAGUGCUUCCCAACUACCUUCAGAUUUUAAUCUCCUUUCUAAGCUCAGGGAGCUGGUGCUCAAAGUAGAUAACCUAGAAUGCCUACCUAGGCUUCCCCAGAAUUUGUCACGCCUCCGUAUUUAUGGGCGCAGGACAAUGGAAAAGUCGAUAGAUCUUUCAUAUUUGGAAAAGCUAUCAGAAUUGAGUAUCUGGAUUUGGGAACAGCUAAUAGAGAUUCAAGGCCUCGAACGUUUGAAAAACCUGAAACAGCUUCAACUUUGGAAUCUUCCAUCGCUGGUGAAGUUGCCUGACCUGACCGGCUCAAAGAAGCUCAGGGUGCUUCAGAUAGAAAAGUGUCCUAUGCUGGUUGAGGUUCGAGGUCAGCUAGAAUCGUUGGAGACGCUUUCGAUAAUCUCCUGUGAAUCUCUCGAAAAAUAUCCUGAUUCAUUCAGCGUGAAGGAUAUCGAUAUACGACACUGUUGGAAGCUAAAAGAGAUUCAAGGCGCGGAAGAUUUGAAGAACCUGCGUCGCUUGGCUCUGUUAAAUCUUCCGUUGCUAGAGAAGUUGCCCGACCUGACCAACUCCACGAAGCUCAUGGACCUUUAUGUAGAUGAUUGUCCUCGUGUGGUUGAAAUUCCAGGUAGGCUAGAAUCAUUGGUGGCGCUUCGUAUUCUUUACUGCGAGUCCCUGCAAAAGUUAUCUCAUCCGUCAAGCUUCAAGGGGCUAAAGCUUUUGCAAAUGCAAGACUGUGAAAAGUUCAAGGAGACUCUGGAAUCCGACGAGUACACAGAUUUGAAAAGAGUGACGGUGCCCUUCAUAUAAAUC